AUGGUGAUGGACUGUCUAGAGCAUGCCAAAAGGUGUCAAGCAUAUCAAUUCCAUUCCAAUUACACACACCAACCCCUUGAGCCACUUCAUCCAACUGUGGCUUCAUGGCCUUUCGAUGCGUGGGGACUUGAUAUUAUUGGGCCUCUUCCAAAGUCAUCAAAAGGGCAGAUGUACAUCUUGGUAGCCAUUGAUUACUUCUCAAGGUAUGGCAUAGCAAGAUACAUAAUUAUUAAUAAUGGAACGUCUUUCGGCAAAAAGCUUAUGAGGAGUUUGUGCGAGAAAUUCAGUUUCAAGCAACGCAAAUCUUCAAUGUACAAUGCACCUGCCAAUGGCCUUAUUGAAGCUUUUAACAAGACACUUGGUAACCUGUUGAAGAAAGUCGUUGCAAAGAAUAAAAGAGAGUGA